AUGACGUCAAUCAAAGAACGACGACAGAGAAUGCUAGACAAGAACUUGGCUGGCUUUGGACAGGACCACCAGCGCCAGAAGCACAGCAAGGCCGUGACGGACGCCUUAGACGUGGUCCAUUGGAGCCGCCUACAGCUGGUGCCGAGGGCACCAUCGCCAACGCCAAAGGCGGUGCCCAAGACGGGCGCCAAAGGGGCAGGCCCCCUGGACCCCGGCUUGCGCGCCGCGUCAGCCGGGAACUCGGAGGCUCUGGCGGCGUUGCUCCGCGCUGGCUGGGACUUACAAACGCGGGACCCGCAUGGCUCGAAUGCGCUCCUCUGGGCCGCAGGUGGGGGCCACUUGGAGACGUGCCAGCUCCUGGUGAAGCAGGGCUUGGACCCCAUGUCCCGGCAGAAGGACCACCGCACAGCACUCCAUUGGGCCGCACGAAAUGGCCGCCUGAGCGUGUGCCGGUGGCUCGUCGAGGUAUGUGGACUUCGUCCUGACGACCCCACAUUGGAUGGCACAGUGCCGCUGCAUUGGGCGGUCUGGCAGGGUCAUGAGGAUGUUUGCUCUUGGUUGGUCCACGAGGCCCGUGCCAAUCUGCAUGCCAAAAACAAGUAUGGCUGCAACGCGUCGCAGUGGGCUGCCCUGGCCGGCUCCGUGAAGAUGUGCCGUUGGCUACAGCACGAAGGCCUGGACCUCAAGGUGCUGAACCUCAACGGCCACUCGGCCCUCCACAAGGCAGCGGUCAAGGGCCGCUGGGACUGCUGCACCUGGCUGCUGCGCCAGGACAUGGAUGAUGGAGGAGGCUUGGGCCUGGAGCAGCUGGGGCCCGACAGGGACGGGAACCGGCCCAGCACCAUGGCGCGCUGCGGCGGCUUCGAGGACUUGUCUCGCUGGCUGCAAGGCCUGGAGCAUGAGCAUCAGGUGACCUACAGCAUGCUGUCUCCACCACGUCCUGACGUCACUGGGCAAAGACUCCAUGGGUGA